AUGGAUACGGCGAAAUUGACGGACUACGGCGAGGCGAAGUCGCAUCUGGAGCAGCUGCAGCAAACCCUAACACACCUGGAUCCACAUACCCAUCAUCAUCCACACCAUCCGCACCACCACCAUCAUCAUCACCAUCAUCUUCCUCAUCAGGGGCUGUAUCACACAGUUCCCAACACCUCGACGAUAACCACAGACUCGGUGGUUUCCUGUGUCACAUCCACCUUGCCGGCUCAGGGCAAGUCAAGCUGCAGCAAUUUGGACUCAGAGCGCAAGAAAUGUUCCAGUCACAACGACUUGGAUGUCGGCCACACGCUCAUGGAGGCCAUCUGCACCCAUGGCCAUCUUCAUGGACAAAAGUCACCCUGUUGCUUGGUCAGUUCCUCGCCACCGCCACUGCCACUGCCACCACCACCACCAACUGUUCCCACAGCAGCGCUAAUAAAUGUAUCGGCAGCAAGCACAAAUGGCAAUGGCAGCACGCUCUGCAAUGAUCUGGCACGGGAAUCUUCUUGGUACCAUCAUCAUCACCACCAUCACCAUCAUGAUGAGCUCGUCAUGUACACAGGACCAACGCCAACGGCGGCAGCGGCCAUUGGCAAGUUCGGCCUGGACACAUCCACAGAGGGUUAUUUGAACGCAAGGUACAAUGUGAAUGUUAAAGGCGUGCGGCAUGAAAGAACAUCAACUUUUUUCGACAUACCCGCUGUGACGCACCCGUACUGUUACAGAUUUCCAUCAUCGCCACCUGCGGGCAUUUUAAAAAAGAGCGACGAAGUCGCUGCUGCUGCUGCCGCAUAUUGCAACGAUGCGGCCACGGUAGCUGCUGUUUCAUCUGGCGGUGUGCCAUUGGGUGGCCAUCAUUUCCAGCAUAACACCAAAAUCGAACAUGCGGAUUCGACGACGACAACAGCAGCCGUUGCUGCCGCGGCGAGUGCUCAGCAGCAGCAGCAACAACAACAACAUCAGCAGCUCCACCAGCAACAGCAGCAACAACAUGCCCAGCUGCAUCAGCAUUCGUCACAUCAGCAUCAACACCAAGCGCAUCUGGCGCCGGUGCACUCGGCCUAUAAGUUUACUCACACGGCAGUAAUCAGCAGCUCCGGCGUCUAUGCCAAUCCCACGCACUACGCUCAGCAGCAACAACAACAGCAGCAGGCACAUCAUGGCACCAAUGGAAUCUAUCGCGAGCUCUCGCCCACGACUGCGGUGGCCGGCACCGGCGAAUCGGAGCUCAAGUACGACAGCAGCCCCUACAAUGCGACCAUCUCCUCCACGUAUACGGCUGCACUGCGACCCAAUGCCGUCGACUCGACCACGGCCACAGUGUCGUCCAGCGAUGCGGAGCUGCGUCUGGAUCAGUUCUAUGCGAGCGGCGCCAUAUCCACGAGCCAGAGCAUCAGUCAGCGCCGUGGCUCGCUGCAGCUGUGGCAGUUUCUGGUCGCACUGCUAGAUGAGCCCACAACCAGCGCCAGCUGCAUUGCGUGGACGGGUCGCGGCAUGGAGUUCAAGCUGAUCGAACCGGAAGAGGUGGCCCGUCGCUGGGGCAUACAGAAGAACCGGCCGGCAAUGAACUACGACAAGCUGUCGCGGAGUCUUCGUUAUUAUUACGAGAAGGGCAUCAUGCAGAAGGUGAAUGGGGAGAGGUAUGUCUAUCGUUUCGUAUGCGAUCCCGACGCACUCUUCAACAUGGCCUACGGUCAUCUGACGGGCAAGGGCGACCAGCACCACCAUCAGCUAACCCUCUCGCUGACGAAGCCCGUCUCGGCGGAGGCCUCCCUGCGGGCGCACAAGAUGCCAACAACAACAGUGACGACGACGGCGGCGUCGGAUUAUUACGACGCCGGCUUGCAUAAGUAUCAGUAG